CUCAUACACACAAUCAUACCAACACCACAAAUAAGAACUGAAACAUAUCCUCAACAGCCCAAACCCAAGCCUUAGUCUUACCAUCUCCAUGAAACAAAAACGUUUGACCACUGCCACUCGUUAUGAUCAUCAUCAAGAAGAACCCCCCAGCAAAGUUAGGGCAACUGCUUACCACUGGGGCAACAGUUAUGACAGCCAAUCCCAUAUGGAGGCUUCCCUCCUAAAGGGCACGGCGGCAGGAGGAGGAGGAGGGUGUGAUGAGCUGGAGGAAGGCGGCCUCCUCCUACGGGAGCCGCCGCUCGCGGCGGAGGAUACCGGAAGGGAGCGGCUGCAGAGGCAUAUUCAUGAGGUGGCCGGGCACGUGUGGAUCCCGGAGAUGUGGGGCCAGGAGGAGUUUCUCAAGGAUUGGAUCGACUCUUGCACUUUUGACGCUUCCUGGGUGAAUGCCAAUAUCAUCUUAGCUCGUACGGCUUUGGCGGAGACGGCGCGGAGAACGCCGCCGCCGCCUCACCCCACUCCGGCCAGAUUAAGAAUAGACAGCACUUGCUUUCCUAUUCCGUGAUUAUUAUUACUACUACGUACUAGUACUACAUAUUGUCCCCAGCUCAAAUAAACUUCAACCGUUUGAAUUUAAUUACGGUUUUUCCGAUACAUAUUGUGUACAAUAUUCAUUCUUUUUUAUAUGCAAAAAAUAAACGUGUAAUAAAGCAAAAGUUUAGUCAAUACGGAGCAUAAAACAAUAUAAUUUGUGAAAAUUUAAUAAAAAGGCAACAACUUUAUCCAAAU